CGUACAUCAGACUCACAUCUGGUUGGUUUCUGCAGCAGUGAGGAAAGAAAUUUCUGCACAUCUUAACAAGGCAAAAUGAACUUCUUUCAGGGGGAAGGCAAGCCAGAUGAAGAGUGGUGGAAGAGAAAACCAAAGGAGGAAUGUGGAAAAGACGAAAAGGAUCAGAGAGAAAAAGACGGCUGUGGAGGGGGUGGAAGAAGAGGCUCAGGGGGAAGAGAUGACACUGGCUCCGAAACAGAAACUGAGUCUGACGGAGAGGGAGGAAGGCGUAGGACGGGGAGGAGACGUAGGAGACGAAGAGGGUCAAAAGAAAGAGGAUGUGGGAAAAGAGAUGAAGAUUGGAGAGGCUGUGAAGGGGGCGGAAGAAGAGGCUCAGGGGGAAGAGAUGACACUGGCUCCGAAACAGAAACUGAGUCUGAUGGAGAGGGAGGAAGGCGUAGGACGGGGAGGAGACGUAGGAGACGAAGAGGGUCAAAAGAAAGAGGAUGUGGGAAAAGAGAUGAAGAUCGAAGAGGCUGUGGAGGGGGCGGAAGAAGAGGCUCAGGGGGAAGAGAUGACACUGGCUCCUCUGAAUCAGAAACUGAGUCUGAUGGAGAGGGAGGAAGGCGUAAGACGGGGAGAAGACGCAAGAAAUGUGGAAAAAAAUGGGGAAGAGGCGGACCCCAUGGUGGACCCCGUGGUGGGGGGUAUGGUGGUCCUGGUGGGCGUGGUUGUGAUAGAUAAAUAUAUGAUGAGAAAAUCCUUACAUCACAAUCACGAUAGCAUGAUGAUGAAUAAAUCAAAAUCUAAUAAACUCAUCUAAGGAAAAAGGCAAGACUGGUUUAUUGUUGCUUCAGCUGAAGGCUCCAAAUCAACACAUGUGGUGAUAUAAGCAUGUGGUUUGGGUGUUAUGGGCACAUCAUGUAGCAAAUACUUUGACCAACCUCUGAAUGUAGUGAAAAAAUUAAAUUGUUGAAACAAAACAGGGUAAAAGCUGGAAUAAAAGUCUGCAAUACGAAGCAAUUAUGAAAGUAUUUAUUUUAAUUACAUUGCUCUCUUUAAUAGAUGAUUAAGCCCUUUAUCACUUGAUUUCAUCUAAGGUGCAUUCAGAAAGUAAACAGACUUUUAGACACUUUUUUGCAAAUUUAUCUAAAAGAAAAAAAGUCACAUUAACGA